AUGGCGGAGAACGAAUCCCGUUUUACCCUUACGAGCGUGGCCGUCGUGUGUCGCCACUUGCUCGGGAUACAAGCGCUUCCACAUGUGGUACAUCUCAUCCAAGAGUUUACGGAGAAUACAUCACAACGGGCGUUGUUGGGUGUGUUGGAAGAAGGGAACUAUCAUCUAUUCACCCGAGUACUUCACGCUGUGGACGAGAGUUUAAACAUGAUUCAUCACGAGAAGCUGCGCCAGUAUCGAUAUGCCAUGCAGCUGGUUCCAUGCAAAAUGACUUUGGAGGAAGGCGCGUUGGGGGCGAUGCAGCAGUUAUACGAUCGAUACUCCGGUGCUCUGGACGACGAGGCAGCCAGUUAUAUCGCUAAAACUGCAGAACUGCCAAUGAUGAAAUGGCUGUACAAGGUUAAACCUCGACUCUUCAAGGAUUUUCCAGCUUGCAAGGGUCACAUUUUCAUGCACGCCUCGCUGAAGGGUCGAGGCGAUGUCAUUCGCUGGUUGGUGAAGCUUUUUCCUGAUGCUGUGUGGAGUCUAGUCAACGCGGCUCGAGGUGGCCAUCUGAAAGUACUGAAGUGGCUGACGAAACGUACAAACUGGGAUGAUAAUUCGUGGCUACACAACAACAGAACAGAAGGAUGCACUAGUGCUGCAAUGGACGAAGCUGCUAGAAAUGGCCACUUGGAUGUGUUAGAGUGGCUCCACGCUAAUCGAAGCGAAGGAUGCACGCCACAAGCGAUGAAAAACGCAGGAAGCGGCAAAGGGCAGUGGUCUAAAAGCACGAUGGACGCAGCAGCAGGUCGUGGACAUCUCGACGUCGUCAAGUUUUUGCAUGAGAAUCGACAUGAUGGUUGUACCAAAGAGGCCAUGAAUACGGCAGCACGGGAAAAUCACCUGGAAGUGGUCAAGUUUCUGCAUGGAAACAGAAGGGAAGGGUGCACGAAAGCAGCGAUGAACGCAGCAGCGAAAAAUGGCCACUUGGAAAUGGUGAAAUGGCUUGUUGAGAAUCGACGUGAGGGCUGUACGAAAAGUGCACUGCCUGCAGCAGCUCUUGGCGGCCAUCUGAAGAUCAUGAAGCUGCUGCAUGCGAACUACAACUUUGACUGGUCCCAUAAGGCGAUCGACGACGCGUCGUCGGCAGGACACACGGAGGUCGUGAAAUGGUUGUAUUAUCGCUUAAACCAGACACUUCACAAUUUUGCGGCCAAUACGUCCGUCUACUAUGUUGGAUGCGGAAAUGGGAAUCCCGAGGUGGCGAAGUGGUAUAUUGACCACCACGGAAACCCCCGCAAGCGCAAGCGGUAG